AUGACCGGCGUAGAGGGUAAGAGAAAAUACGUGAAUGAUGGCAAACUUAUUAACAUGAUGGUUGUUCAUAUUGAGAAUGACGGUUUAAAGCUUACUAUUGUUGUUCUUGGAGAGAUGGUGGACCGGAUCAAGAAUUUUCUGACAUCGGGCGAUCAACAACUGCCAAUAGUAAUUUUUCAAUUUGCAAGAGUAAAAAAUACUGGAGGUACCAAUAUUGUGCAGAACAUUAUGUAUGGUACUAGACUCUUGAUAAAUCCAGAUAUUCCUGAGGUUUUGAUGCUUCGAAAAAAGGUAUUGUUGGAUUCUAUGUUGUUCGGGCCACUAUUCUUGAUGUUGAACCCGUUCCAAGUUGGUGGUAUAAAUCGUGUUUGCAGUGUGAAGACAGAAGCUAAUGCGGAUGAAUACUUCUGCGAUGGCUAUAAUAGGAACGUGAAUAAUGUGGUUGACAGGUAUAAGUUGAAUUUGUUGGUUUUUGAUGGUACUGGUACAACAAACUUUGUUGUGUUCGAUAAGGAGAUCGCAGUUCUAUUCGGACGAACCUGUACUGAGAUGGUGAAAGAGUUGAAUUUUACCGAGGUGGAGGGACACUCAAGGCCCGGUAAAAUCUGGUGUACCCCUGCUGGUCCUGUUAACCCUGUGCAACCUCGAGGUGAAGAUGAAUGUUCUGUUUGUGAUGAGUCACCUGAUCCAAUCGUGAAAAAUUUGUCUGUUACUAAAAGACCUGUUGUCAGGGAGAAGUACAUUGUAGAUAGUGACUUAACAACGAUAAUGUAUCCCACUCCAAUCACACAAUCGAAGGUUGCAAGGUUAAGACGAAAGAUAAUUUUGGCAAGAAAACGAAAAAGACUUGAUGAUAAUGAGUCUGCUUUCUUUUGUGCUUCUGUUUUGAAGAACAACAAUAAUACAAAUUUUGACGUACAUAAAAAUGUGCAUCAUAUUACUACAAGUCAAAGAACAGUGUGUCGAGAAACUGGUACCUCAUCUAAUAUUUUCAGUUUACAAUCCAGUGAGGAUAAAGGUGACAUUUUUCUCACUGAAAAUACUCCUCCUAAUUAUGUAAGACCUUCUAUAUCAGAGAUAAGAUCUAAAUCUUUAACUCUACAAACGGAUCCGUCAUUGACAAGAACUCCACUGUCCGUGUUAACAAAUCCAUACUCCAGUGUACAAGGAUCCGCCAAUAAUGUAACUGAAGUCAUUCCGCAAAAUCAGCUUCCAUCACACUCUGGUUCCCAUAGAUCGUGCCUAACAGAAAGAAGUUCUACCAUAAUUGGGGUGCAAAAAGGACAAUCUUCCUCUGUUGUUGCUUCGGUGGCUAUUAAUUUGGCACAGCUUUAUAAAGAUGUAAAUUUAUCGACUGUUAAGACGCACCCACCAAGCGCUGACACACACAGUGGCCAACAUGUUGACCCUUUUGUUGAUGAUGAAGUUUUGAAUGGUUAUGAUGAUUCAAUGUUGGAUGUGGAUAUGGAAGAUAAUUUUAUACCAUCCUCAGAAACCUUAGACGUAUGGAUGUGGUCUGGAGAAAGGCUUGCUAAAUCCAAACAGUCGCCCCAACCAAAGUUUUCAUUAUGUUGUAUGGAAGGAAAGAUCGAGCUUCCUCUACUUUCUGUGCCUCCUAAUGAGCUCAUUCAGCUUCAUACUGUAGGAGAUCAAAGAAGUAUUCGUUUCCUAAAAAAUAUAAGGACAUUUAAUUCAAUGUUUUGUUUUACAUCAAUGGCUGAAAAAAUUGACCGUGGAGUGAACAAUGGGACUGCUCCUCCAAUUUUUAAGCUUGGGGGUCAAAACUACCAUAGCAUUGGUAGCUUACUUCCUCCUGAUAGUUUGCGACCAACAUUUGCUCAGCUAUAUAUCUAUGACACAGAAAAUGAGAUUGAUAAUCAAAUAGGCACACUUCGGGAAAUUGUGUCAAUAUUAAGAAACAUGCUAGACAAAUAUAAUAGUUUGGCAAAGAGUUUUCGCUAUGCAAGAGAUAGGUACCAACAGAAAAAUUGCACAAACAUAAAGCUUAAGUUGAUUAGUAAAAAGACUACAGAUGGCAGGACAUACAACUUGCCAUCUGCAUCUGAAGUGGCUGCAUUGAUUGUUGGCGAUGUCGAUCAACUUAGCAAAGAUAGAGAUAUUAUUAUAGAGAGUCAAUCUAGAAAGCUCCAGCGGAUUGAUGUUUUUCAUCCAUCUUAUUUAGCCUUGCAAUAUCCAUUGUUGUUUCCGUAUGGGGAGGAUGGAUUUUGUUUAGGUAUUGCAACAUCAGAUUCUAUCUUCGCUAGACUUACAAAGAAAAACAAAACAAUCACUUUGCGACAGUUCUUUGCUUUUCGACUACAGAAAAGGACGGGUGAAUCUCCGUUAAUUCUGAGAUCAAAGAGAUUAUUCCAACAGUUUCUGGUAGAUGCCUACACAAUGGUGGAAUCAGAGAGUCUUAUAAACGGGGAUGUAGAUGCUGCAAGGCCUGGCAAAAGAAUCAUUCUUUCCAGUACUUUUACCGGUGGACCUAGAUAUGCAGGAUAUUCUAGCUAUUUUAUUACCAUGACCUGCAACCCUGAAUGGGAUGAGAUAAGAAGAGAAGUGACUCCUAUUGGAUUGAAAGCAGAAUACCGUCCUGAUAUAUUGUGUCGAGUUUUCAAGAUCAAGCUUGAUGAUGACAUAGACAAACAUAUAACAGCUGAGAUUCCUGAUGAAAAUGAAAGGCCAAAUCUACAUGGAGCUGUUCAAAAUUACAUGGUACAUGGUCCAUGUGGUCCGUACAACAAGAAUUCUCCUUGCAUGAAGAAUGGAUCCUGUUCAAAGUUUUACCCUAAAGAGUUUAGACAACGAACACUCAUUGACGAGGCCAGAUUUCCCAAAUAUAGGCGUAUUGAUAACUGUCGAAUAGUGAAGAAAAGGGAAUAUGUACUAGACAAUAAGUUCAUUGUUCCGUAUAAUCCAAAAUUGUUGCUCAAGUUCGGGUGCCACAUAAAUGUGGAAUACACAUACCAAACAAGUUCUAUUAAGUAUCUGUUUAAGUAUGUACACAAGGGUAAUGACUGCGUAACAGCUACUCUAUACAAUGCUAGUGAUCCGUCAGAAGCCACACAAGUUGUUGACAAAAUUAGGAAUUACUACGAUUGUAGGUACAUUUCGGCAUGUGAGGCAGUCUGGCAUCUAUUUGGAUACGAAAUCCAAGAGAAAGAACCAUUUGUGAUUAGACUUCCAUUCCAUUUGGAGGAUGAGCAGCCUGUGGUUUAUGGUGAAACUUCUACUGUGAAUGAUAUCGUCGAAAGAGCAAUAUCUCAUAAGUCUAUGUUUUUGGGAUGGAUGGCGGCGAACAUGUCAUAUCUCUAUGCUCGAAGUCUGACUUAUGCUGAGUUUCCAACCAAGUUUGUUUGGAAGGAUGAUUCUUCAAAGUGGUUUCCUCGAAAGAAAGGCUUUGCAAUUGGAAGGUUAACUCAUGUACCUGCAGAGUUAACAAUGUCAGAUGAUGAGAUUAAGCAGUUGUGCUUAAUGGAUAUAGACAAGAUCUUAUAUUCCUAUGGUAAAACUUUGAAAGACUAUCCUCCUAUGCCUUUAACAACUGAAGUUGAUAGUUCUUUGUUAACCGAAAGGGUUAUUAGGGAAGAGCUAAACUUUAACAGGGAUGAUUCAAAGAAAAAUGCCUUAGACAUGUUAGCCAUCGCAACACCUGAGCAGAGAUAUGCAUUCGAUAAAAUUGUUACAACUGUGUAUUGUGAUGAAGGGGGUUUUUUCUUUGUGUAUGGUCAUGGGGGUACUGGAAAAACAUUUCUCUGGAACCUUAUGUAUGCUGAGAUUCGCUCAAGGGGUGAUAUAGUAUUAAACGUUGCUUCGAGUGGUAUUGCAUCUUUACUUCUUCCCAAUAGAAGAACGGCACACUCAAGGUUUAAACUAUCGCUGAAUAUAACUGAGGAUUCUGUAUGUAACAUCAAACCUGGUUCUCCUCAAGCAAUGUUGCUGUUGAAAGCCAAACUUAUAAUUUGGGAUGAGGUUCCAAUGGUUAGUAGGUACUGCUAUGAAGCACUUGAUAAAUGCUUGAGUGAUAUCAUGAGGUCUUUUCCAACAUAUAAAAAAGAUUUGCCAUUUGGAGGAAAAGUGGUUGUACUAGGUGGAGACUUUAGACAAAUUCUUCCUGUCAUUCCACGAGGAUCGAGACAAGAUAUCGUUCAUUCAACCGUGAAUUCAUCUUACCUUUGGAAGUUUUGUCAGGUGCUCAAACUAACAAAAAACAUGAGACUCUCUGUAGGGACGACUGCUUCAGAUUAA